AUGGCUUUCGGCUUCUCGAACCAAGGAAACGCCAUGCUUGGAAGCACGGCUGGAGGCGGAGGACUGAAUCAAGGCCCCGAGCUGGAGGUGAUCCAGACCGAGGCGCUUGGUUUCAAAUCGAUUGCCGGAGACGCGAAGCUCCGGCUGACGUCCGCAUGGUCCCCUGCACCCGCCGACACGGCCUCCCUCCUGAGCAUCGCUCCCCGCCGGGGACUCGUCGCCGCCGCCGGCCCCGAUGGGAUCACGAUCGCCUCGACCGAAUCUGUGCGCAAAGGUUUCGAAGCCGAUUCUAAGGAGAGCGACAGCUCCGAUGUCCGCGCCUUCCAGCCCCAGGUCAAGCUGCCUAUGCCCAUGAGGGUGUCGCAGCUCGCUUUCAGCGCCGACGAGAACUACCUGAUUCUGUCUGCCGAAAGUGGCGGCGGUCUGGCCGUCUAUGAGACCCAGAGCCUGCUCAACGGCGGUACUCAGGCGGCCUUCGAGCUUGCAACGAACGGGGAGACACUGAGGGCGCUGGUACCGAACCCUACGAUCGAGAAGGCAGAACUGGUUGCCAUUGUGACGAAUAACGGGAACUUGCACAUGGCGAACUUGAAGGAUAGGAAUAUCAGCAAUGUUCUGAAGGCGCAAGUCAGCUGCUUAAGCUGGAGUACCAAAGGAAAGCAGCUUGUCGCAGGCUUGGCGGAUGGUACUAUCUUUCAAAUGACCCCCGAGGGCGAGGAAAAGGGGCAAAUCCCACGACCGCCCGGCGUAGAGAACGCUCACGUAUACCACAUAAUCACCAGAAAGCUCCCGUCAGACUUCACAUUUCAGAAGCUCACAGACCCCGUCGACCCCUUUGGCGCAGAGAACACUCCUCAUCACUCAAUAUUACGACUGAAAGACUUCCCUCCUAACCUUACGGAUCUGUUGAUUGUCGCGUCCACAGCAUCCCCUGAUAUCGGCCUUCUCAGCAGAUCAAAGACGCCGCUGUCUCCGGAUAAGCCAGCAGACAGUAUCUCCAAUGUUUUCACAACAACAGAGCUUCUCGACGACUCCAAGCGUGCGUCUCUCCCUAUGACGGAAGACUUCCAGAACACAGUCCCGAUUGGCGUUGCUCUCGACUUGUCGAGCAAAGAGAAGGUCUACAAGCCUCUGCCUGCGGACGAGGAGCUUGAGGACUCACCGGGCCCACUGCCCGGCUUCUGGGUCUUGAACCAUGAGGGUGUUCUGAGCUCAUGGUGGAUCGUGUACGAGGACUCCAUCAGAGGAGGCACAACUUACCCUGGCAUGGCUGUGCUUGACACGUCUGCUCCAGCGCCUGCUCCUACACCCUCGGCGCCUGCAGCAGCUCCAGCCGCUCCAGCAGCUGCGUCACCUUUCGGUGCACCCUCUCAGCCAUCAGCGUUCGGCUCUUCUGCGAGCUCGACGCCGGCAUUCGGUGCCCCCUCUGCUUUGGGCGGUGGCCAAAAACCGGCAAACCCUUUCGGCAGCGGCGGAUCCACCCCUGCAUUUGGCGGCAGCUCUGCGCUAGGAGCCAAGAGUUCACCAUGGGGCACAUCAAAUGCCUUGGGUUCUGCGACCGGCGCAUCGUCAACAGGAUCAACGUUUGGAAGCACCGCGUUUGGUGGCAACACAUCUGCUGCUUCGCCUUUCGGCCAAACUUCCACUCCUAAGUCGGCGUUCGGGAGCGGCGGUGCAUUCGGCAGUGGCAGCGCCUUGGGCAGUACUCCUGCUGCGGCUACCUCUAGCCCAGCUUUUGGUCAGCCUUCAUCUUUUGGACAGUCCUCGUCCCUCGGUGGAAACAAGACUCCUGCUGCCGCUACCUCUAGCCCAGCUUUCGGUCAGCCUUCAUCUUUCGGGCAGUCCUCGGCUCUUGGUGGAAAUAAGUCUCCCUGGGCAGCUGCAGGUUCAAGCUCAGCCACUACAGGGUCGACAUUCGGACAGCCUAGCACCUUCGGCUCUGGAAACAAGAGUGUCUUUGGUAGCGGCUCGACACCGACAGCCGCGGCUACUCCUUCGUCAGGGGGUGGUUUCGCAGGGUUUGCAUCGUCUGGCGGCUUUGGUUCGCUUGGUAACAAGAACGCCAACGAAGGCGGCAGCGUGUUUGGAAGCAAACCCUCCUCAAGCCCUUUUGGUUCGGGCCAGUCUCCUUUCUCAUCCACCAAAGAUACUGCGUUUCCACCGCCCAGCCAGAAGCCCAGCAGUGGUGCUGGAGUCAAUCCUUUCGCCGGUCAGCCCUUCAAGUUGGAAAGCAGUUUCAAGCCCGAUCCUUCUGCAAAGGACGAUGACGAUGACGAAAAGCCUGCUACCAGUGGCGGAUCCUCGUUCUUCGGCGGCGGCUUCAGCUCGGCCCUUGGAGAUGCUAAGCAGACAACACCUACUAAGGAGCAGAGCAUGGACACAACGGAAGAGACACCCAAGCCUAAAUCAGUUUUCGAUUUGCCCUCCACGACACCCAAGGAGACACCUGCUCCUAACAAGGGACUGUUCGGACUCGGGACUGCGCCGCAAAAUGGCCGAAGUCUGUUUUCCAAGCCCUCGCCAAAGUCCUCGUCGUCAGGCUUCAAGCUGGAGCCCCAGAGUAAGACUCUCACGGAUGCUCCCUUGCCUCCCGACUCAACGAGCAGGGUUGAGUAUCCUCUGGGAGAGUCGUCUUCUUCCUCAGGCGGGGCAAGUAAGGCUUCCCCGAAGGCAGGCGAUGCUCCUCUUCCCCCUGACUUCCUCACGACGCCAAAAGCAUCUCAGACAAAGGCUGUCGAUGACCCGCUUCCUCCCGAUUUCCUUAAGCCUAAGCAGUCGACGAAGUCAUCAGAUGACGCACCAUUGCCCCCUGACUUCAUCACCCCCAAACCUAGUAAGGCUGUGCCAUCGACUACACCUCCGACAGCACUGCCAUUGCCCGCGGAGGAGAAGCCGAAGCAGACGGCGCCAGCGGCUGCCCCCGACUUCCUCAAGAUGCCCAAGCAGUCUCUCACACAAGCAACCUGGUCAUCCACGCCCGUCAGUGAGACGCCCGCUAAGGAGCCAGAAGACGCUCCCCUGCCACCCGAUUUUAUCACCAAACCAAAGACGAACGACCUCCCGGCCAUCCCAACUGUCCCGGAUAGCGACCACGACAGCGAUCUGGAGGAGGACGAAGAAGGGUCCGAGGGUAGUGGAGUCGACGUCGCAAAGGAUCUUAGUCCGUCCAUUGUGGCCAUGACUCCCAAUGCAGGUCUGACUCCUCAAAGCUCUUUCGGUGGUGUUAGCAGUAGCACUUACUCAAUUCCGCGCACAGAGGAAGAGAGACCACGACAUUCGCUAUUCGGCAACAAUGUGCCCACACUCCCUCGUCCUUCGCAAACGAGCCCACGAUCCCCCAGCCCUGUUAGGGCCGCUAUUCCAGGACGCCUGCGCCAAGAGUCAGCUCGCUCGGUUAGUGCCCCUGGUAUGGCUUCUCAAAUUCUCGGCGCCCAGAGAAAGCAGCCCUCCCAGAUGGGUAUGUCCAUAGUCGGUUCUAAGACUACAAUGGAGGACCCGUUCGUUGCGCAGCAGAGGUUGGCGCGCCAGAGGAGACAAGCUGAGGAGACGCGAACUUUGGAGGACGAGGAGGACGAUGAGAUUCAGAAGAUUCUUGCAUCCAAGAUCGAGCCCAGUCUCAAGCUGGACGACUUCAUCGCGCACUCCAAUGUGGUACCGUCAGCAAAGGAAACCAUCCCCGCGCAAGUCGAAGCCGUCUACCGUGACAUCAACUCCAUGAUUGACACUCUUGGUCUGAACGCCCGAUCGUUGGCAAGCUUCAUCGUAGGACACGAUGUUGGCUUCAAGCAGGGUGGUCGCCGCAAGGAAGACCUUGAAAACCCCGAAGACUGGGUCUUGUCUGAGAUCGACGAGCUCGGCGAGGUCAUCGACAGAUCUCUCGCCCGGGACCUAGAAUAUGGCCGUGUUCAAGACGUAGAAGAGAAGCUGGAGGCUUGCAACGAACUUGCGCGUGAGAUGUCCCGCCUGCGGUCGAAGCAGGACGACCUCAAGAAGAUUAUGAUGGUCAGACUCGAUCCCGACCAGGCCGACAUCAGCCGCUCCUUAGCUUUGAGCGCCGAACAAGCUGCUCAGCAGAACGAGUUGCGUCGUGAGUAUGCCAACUUCUCCAAACUCCUCGCCGAGGUGGAGGAAGCCUUGACGCUUCUCAAGACCAAGCUCGCAUCAGUAAGCAGUGCGUCUGGCAAGGGCAACUCCAAUGUCCCCACCGUCGAGGCCGUCAUGCGCACCAUCAACAAGAUGACCAGCAUGGUCGAGAAGCGAUCUGGCGACAUUGACGUUCUCGAGAACCAGAUGCGGAAGCUGCGCUUCUCGUCGGUUAACAGCCGCGAGGGCUCUCCGAUGGCCACCCCUCAGAGGAACAGCAGGUCGCUAAUUUUCUCCCCCGAGCGUAUGGCCACGGCGUCACCCGGCACUCUCCGCAACUCCCUUGUAUCCUCGGUCGCUUCAUACGGCGUCCGUGGCACGCCUCCCCGCAAGAAGCUGUCUGGCUUCAGCCAAGAUGAGAAGUCAGAACUGAUGGCGAAACGGGCCAAGAGACAGGCCGUCUUGAACAAGCUCAAGGCAAAUGUCGAGAGGGCCGGCGUGAGUGUGUGGACCCUAGAGGAUGCGGAGUAG